AUGAGAAUUAGAGAAAGACUGCCGGCUGAUACAUUCAAACCAAAUUAUAAUUCAAAAACAAUCAGCUUUACUAAUUCUCAGUGGUUACAGCAAUUACUGUCAAUAGCGGUACGUUUAAACAACGCCACAACUAGUCAUGAAUAUUCAUCAUUAUCCACACCAAAUGGCACUACCACUAAUAGUAUAGAUAAUAAUAAUAAUGAUAAUAAUACCAAAAUUAAUUUGAAUGCAUCCACCACGACAACAACGACGUCAAGCAUUGGAACAACUGGUUGUAUAAUCUUACAGUUAUAUGAUAAGAAUCCUGAUUUUCUUUACAAUCAAGAAGAAUAUCAGGAUAUCGACUAUUCUGUAUUAAAAAUGCAGAUUAUUAUAUGGACACAGAAAUACCUAAAACCGGAUGAUCUAUUCAUGGAUUGGUUUGAAACAGUCAAUCGGCACAUCCAUCAUAAUAGUAAUACGUAUCAUCAAAAUAAUUAUGACAGUAAUAACAAUAACAAUAUGAAUAAUGAACACAAUGAAUUAUCUGUGACAAAUAUUACAUUCUGUACAGAGAAUUUAAGAAGUUUAAUGAUUGAAGGUGAUAAGCAAAUGUUAGAAAAGUAUAAUGGAUAUACUUUAAAUGGGGAUAUAUAUGGAAUGAAAAAUGAGACAAAAAUAGGCGCCCAAUUAUUUUGGAACUAUUCGGUCAAAUCUUGAUCACAGUUCACAUGAAUUUGUUUAAUGUUUUGUUUCCUAGAAAACUAUGGUGUUAGUGAA